GUAUAUAUAUUGCAAGAACUUAACAGGCAAAUGGGAUCGAAACAGAGAAGAGAAUGACAAAGGCAAUGGCAAUGGCUGGGGUGGCCGUGUACAUAUUGGUGUGGGUGGGCCUCGUGGCCUUGAGCGCCGUGACGCAACAGGGCGUAUGGGACAUCGCCGACGCCACUUUCUACGGCGACAUGUCCGGCAAUGCUACCAUGGUUGCAGGCGGAGAUUGUGGGUACGGCGAUCUUUUCGCGCAGGGGUAUGGCCUGGAGAACACGGCGGUGAGCGGCGUGCUUUUUAACGACUACGAGACCUGCGGCGCUUGCUUCGAGGUACGGUGCUUCAACGACUCCUUGCGGUGCGCACCGGGGAGCAUCAACGUGACAGUUACCAGCCUGUGCCCGCCGGACCCCAGGUUGCCCGGAGGGGGUCUCUGCCAGCCGCCGCGGAAACACUUCGACAUGUCUGAGUCGAUGUACGUGAAGAUCGCCACGUCGUUCCACGCGGGGAGCAUCCCCAUCCAAUUCCGACGGGUAUCCUGCGUUAAGACGGGCGGGAUCAAGUUCCAGAUCAAGGGGAACCCUUGGUGGAUAUUGGUGCUGGUCUACAACGUGGGCGGUUCCGGCGACGUGGCGGCGCUGUCCAUCAAGGGUUCCGGUUCCGGGUCAGAGUCAGGGAUUGGCGCCAGCUGGACGCCGAUGGAGAGGGAGUGGGGGCAGAACUGGCAGAUCACCAAGACGCCCGAGUUGGUGGGUCAGAGGCUGUCCUUCCAGGUGACCACCGGUAACGGCAAGGUGGUGGUGUCGGACAACGUCGCGCCGGCGGACUGGCAGUUUGGCCAAAUCUUUGAAGGCGCUCAGUUUUUAUAUUAAUACAUGAUUGUUAAUUUAAUUAUGGGACUAAUGCUAUCGGCAAAAUCAAUAAUACAUGUACUAAUAUAAAUAUUUUUAUUUUUACAUACCAAUUUAUAUAUUAAAUAAAUAGAUAAAUUUAUGUGUCCA